UUAUCUUCUUAGGCCAGAUGGAGAAUACAUAAAUGAAAAUAAAAUGUGGAAGUAAAAGUGUAGACACAUGUUCAGAAAAUGAAAAUUGUUUUGUUCCCUAUUUAAAAGCCAUGCACAGAAAGGAUGGCUUCAGAGAACCCCAGAGUCUAAGGCUCACCCAGACCCCAGCUCAGCCAGGUCAGCAGCAGCCUCACUUCCCAAUGGCCCUCCUGCUCCCCCUACUGACGGCCCUGGUGAUGUGCAGCUGUGGCCCUCUUGGGUCUCUGGGCUGUGACCUGCCUAAGAACCAUGGCUUGCUUAGCAGGAAGACCUUGGUGGUAUUGAAACAAAUGAGAACAUCCACUUCCUUGUGUCUGGAGGACAGAAACGACUUCGGAUUCCCCCGGGAGAUGGUGAAUGGCAGCCAGUUGCAGAAGGCCCAGGCCGUGUCUGUCCUCCACGAGAUGCUGCAGCAGAUCUUCAACCUCUUCCACACACAGCGCUCCUCUGCUGCCUGGAACACCACCCUCCUGGUCAAGCUGCGCACUGGACUCCACCAGCAGCUGGAACACCUGGAGACCUGCUUGGAGCAGGCGAUGGCGGACGAAGACUCUGCCAGUGUGAUUGAUAACGCUACACUGGCGUUGUGGAGGUACUUCUGGAGAAUUCGUCUCUACCUGCGAGAGAAGAACUACAGUGACUGCGCCUGGGAAAUUGUCAGAGUGGAAGUCAUGAGCUCCUUCUCUUUGUCAACAAACUUGCAGGAAAAGUUAAGAAGCAAGGAUGGAGACCUGGGGUCAUCUUGA